AAGCUAACACGUUUUUUUUACAGAUAGCCAUGUUAAUAAUUAAUACCUGUGGUUCUAAUCAUCAAUCUGUGAUAUAUUCUGUGUUAUGACAUUUCCAACAAUUCCAAAAAAAAAUAUAUAAAAAUUGCUUUUAUUUAGUACCAUCUAUCUUUGUUUUUAACUUAAUUAAUAUUGCCAUGAAGUUAUCUUUUAAUUAAAUUUUCUAGAAAAAAUUCUGCUAAGCUAUAGAUAUUUGUUAUUAUGCAUAAUAAGGAUCGUUUGAUGCAAAAUCCCUGGAUUUUCACCUGACCCUUAUCGUAUCUAAAGAGGAUGGUUUGCAUGGAAAGGUACAACAUAAAAAAGAAACAGAUUUUUUGUCAUUAUGUUGUAUAGCACAUUUCAUGAAGGAUUAAGCAUUGUUAUUAAUGAACUAAAAGAAGCUUUUAUGGUUGGGAAGAUUCUAUUCGUUUUAUCAAAUGGGCCAUUGUCUUAGCUGCUUCAGAAACCAAACAAGUGCUGAUGUGGUCACAUCAACUAACAGGAAAAAAGAUGAGGUGACAGAUGUAGUCACCACUAAUCAAGUGCCUAUUGUCAUGACUUCUGAAUAUCCUCAAGCUGAACCACUUUUGCACAACAAUGAAAAUAGCAUAACCUGCUAUAGAAAUAGUAAUAACUUAUCAAAUGCUAAUGUUUUAAACUCCUUGAAUGAACACUGCUCAGGAGAUACAAAUGCUACACAGAAAAUGCAUGUAAAUAAUGAGAAAAUUCCUAAAUCCUUCUAUCAAAAGCUACCAUCCAUUCCUCGGAGUAUGUCUUCACUAGCCUCUAGUGAAUCUCGUGCAUCAGAAUCAAGAAUUAAUCAGUUGUAUGACCAUUACAAAGACAAUCUGGAAGAGGCUAUACUUGCUGAGGGCAUUGAAAACCUUUGUAAUGAUUUACAUUUGAAUCCAGAUGAUUUUAAAGUGUUAGUGCUUGCAUGGAAAUUGAAUGCUAGUCAAAUGUGUAGAUUCACAAAAGAAGAGUUUGUCCAAGGGCUAAAAAACAUGAAAACGGAUUCUAUAAAAAGUAUACAGCAAAAACUAAAUGAUAUAACAGGUGAACUCACAAGAGAUUCAGAAGAAUUCAAAGAUUUGUAUAGAUUUACUUUUAAGUUUGGUUUGGAUGUUAGCAUAGGUCAGAGAAUACUUCCGGCGGACAUUGCUAUUGUACUUUGGCGUCUAGUCUUUACAAACGAUGAACCUGCUAUAUUAGAUAGAUGGCUAAGCUAUCUUGAGAGUAAUCCUCAUGUUAGGGGAAUUCCCAAAGAUACUUGGUAUAUGUUUCUAAACUUUUGUGAAUUUGUGGGAGACGAUCUUAGCAGCUAUGAUGACACAGAAGCAUGGCCUAGCUUAUUUGAUGACUUUGUUGAAUAUGAGAAUGAUCAGAUGAACCAAAAUGUAACAAAAAAUGAAAUCAAAGUUCAGGAUUAGAUUCCUGCAAUUGCCAAAUUGUAACUACUUUAGGUACUUAACAAAUUGAGACUGAUAAUCUGUUAAUGAUUGCUUAGGUCAUAUAAUAAUUAAGGAAUUUAAUAUGACUUGAUUAAUUAAAAAGUGAAUAAACAAAUAUACAUUUCGAGGGAGAUUCAAAAUGGGUUCAAUGUAAAUAUUAUGUUACUACAUUUUUAUUAAAUGAGUAUAUGUGAGACCAUGUACCUAUAUAAGCUUUAGUCUUAUGAUAUAAUGACAUUCCAGCAAUGGAAUUAGCAAAAAUUUGUAUAUAUAUUUUGUCUUCUAACCGGCCCCAUACACUCUAGGGCAUUGAAAUCUUACUGCACAUCAUGUAAUAUAUUUUGUGACACACAAGUAGAUACCUACUGUCAAUUUAAGCCCGAAAUUUUGGUUAAGAGUGAUAAAGAGACUUAGGGGCCUGGUUGCUUAAAAGCUGAAUAUUUUUAGCAGCUGUGUACAAACUUACAUAAGUCUUCUUGAAUGCUAGUUUACUUUAUUUAAUGCCUCAUAUUAUGCAUAAUAGUUAUAAAUAAACAAAAAUAUUUUUUCUAUAGCCAAGCACUUGGAAAUUGAUUUAUUAGGUGUACAUAUUGUAUUUUAACAUUUACACUGCAAAAAAAAGAUUUGAUCAAAAAUUAAAUACCUACAUAAAAUAUAAUGCUUUGCAUUCUCAUGAAAAGUGACAAGACUGUAAUUGUAUUAUAAAUGUUAGUA